AUCUGGCAAAUGGACAAGAGGAAGAAAGGAUCUCCCACAGAAUUGAGGCUGAUGGUGGUCGGGAGCAGUGGACACUCUCCGUUCCUACUGACCAACGCCAUACUAGGGAGGGAGGUGUUUCCUAAGGACAUCACCAGCAUUUCUGGCAGCAGGAAAAACACUGGAGAGCUGGCUGGAAGACGAGUGGCUGUGAUCAAUGGGCCAAACAUCUACGACAAAGGUAUGUCUCCGCCCAAGAGGGAGAUGGAGCUGAGGAGGUCCAAGUGCUUGUGUAUCCCUGGUCCUCACGCCUUCCUUGUUACUUUUGACAUGGACAAAAUCUCCCCGAAUGACGAAAAAACCCAGAGAAUGAUGAAGGAAAACUUUGGGAAUCACUGUCUGAGGAACUGCAUGGUCCUCCUGGCUUCUGAAAGAAACCCAGACGCCCUCUUGGAGGACAAGCUACAGAAGACCGACUGGCACCUGAGAGAACUCAUCGAGAAGUAUGGCGGACGCUUUCACGUUUACAGCAAGAACUGGCGAGACCGCAGCCGGGACAGAGAGCUGCUGCAGAAGAUAGAGAGGAUGGUGGCAUCCUUAGGGGGGGGCUACUUCUCCAGCAGAACUUUCCAGAAGGCGGAGGACUGCGUGAAGAAGGAGGAGAAGAAGCUCCGGAAGAAGAGGUCAGCGGAGAUCGAGAAGGCAUGGACGGAGAUGGAGAAGCAGUACAUAGCGGACGAGUUGUAUCACCAGAAGGACGCCUACACUGCCAGUGUUGGCGCUGAGAUCCGAGCCAAGGCAGAGAUGGACAACGGGUGGCUCAGAUCCUCCCUGGUCCGAGGGCUGGGGACGGGUUUCGUUGUGGGCGCUGUGAUGGGAGCACUGGUCGGGUCUAUAGAGGGGCCGGGAGGGAUGGUUCUGUACGGGAUCAUAGGUGGUGCAGUUGGAGGAUCAGCUGGAGGAACAGCCCAGGUAGCUAUCAAGCAUAUGGAGGACAGAGUGACUCCACCUGCCAGACUGAACUUUAACUCUAUCUUUAUCAACCGCUUCUUCACCGAAGCUCGACCAUAA